CAGCGGGAUGCAAAAUGGACAUAUUUAAAGCGACUUUGAAAAAAGCACUCUUCCUUUUGCAGCUUCAAGUAACGUUUAUGAACACAUCUGCUGCAGUUUGUCCCUUUGCACUGGAUAUUGCUUUCUUGUUAGACUCAUCAGGCAGUAUUGGUAAUGUCAGCUACCAAGAUAUGAAAACAUUUAUCAACGAAGUUAUUGAUUGUUUUCACAUUUCGCCCACAGACACAAACGUUGGUGUGGUUAGUUUCAGUUCUAGCGCAAGAACAGAGAUUUCAUUCACGUCUCGGCAAAACGUCGAAAUAAUUAAGUCGAUCGUGAGGAAAAUGGAUUAUGACGGUGGGUCUACGCGGAUGGACCUGGGACUCAAAGAGACUCGAGAAGUGUUAUUUUCUAAACAAGGUGAAAGGAGAAAGAAUAUGCCCGAUGUCUUGUUAGCGAUUACUGAUGGAAAAAGCAAUCAGGGUUAUGAACAACAGUCGAAACAGCUGAAGGAUGAUGGGGUAGUCAUCUUUGCAUUGGGAAUUGGUUCCAAGGUUGACGCGGCUGAACUCAAAGCUUUGGCCUCCGACGAGAGUCAUGUGUUUCGUUUCGCGUCAUUCAGGGAAAUGUCACCGACAGAUAACGCUUUAAAAAUCGCACUGGCUCUUUGUUCAGGUACUCAACAAGUUGUGAUGAGUUAUCAUACCAGUAAAAACCUCGCUAGGUACCAUCUCUAGCUAUCGACCUCUUUACGUCCUCCUAGGCUUGAAAAUUGGUUAAUCGGCUAUGAAGUUCAAAACAGU